AGCGACCCUACGAGUGCUUGUGGACUAGUAUGAUCCUACUCUCGCUGCCCCAGAUCCAGAAGCCGUUGCGGGAGAGCGCGGCCUCACCACGUCGCUCCUCGCCUCGUUGCUCCUCCUCUUCCCCCACUUCGUCGCCCUCUGCCCCCUCGCCCGCCAUGAGCUCUGGCUCCAUCACCAUCAACUACACCACCCUCGCCGAGAUCGCCCUCGUCGGCGCCUUGAUCGGCGGCAUCUGCUACGCCGGCAGCAAGGGCCAGGCCGCCCUCCCCGUCGACGCCUCGUCCGCCUCUCACGCCCUCGACGACGCACACUCGGCCCUCCACAACAAGGCCAAGAAGGCCAACAAGAAGAAGAAGGGCGCGCUCGCCCAGGCGCAAGACGCCGCCGCCCCGCUCGUCGACCAGGCCGUGUCGGCCGCUUCUUCCGCCGUCAACACGGUAAAGCAGCAGCCCGUCGUCCACAAGGCCGCCCAGGCCGCCCAGGCCGCCCAGGGCGCGGCAGCGCAGGCGUCGAAUGCGGCGCACACCGCGGCCAAGGCGGUCCAGGGUGCGGCGGCGAGCGCGGGCGCGAGUGUUGGAGCGAGCAGCGCAGCUCCCGCACCACCGGCGGGCUCGAGCAAGAAGGGCAAGAAGAAGGGCGGCAACAAGGCGGCCUCAUCGGCGGCGGCGGCGGCCGCAGCAGGCGCCGAGCACAAGCCCGACGCCGAGGUGCACGCCGAGCAGAAGCACCCGGCCCCCUCUGGCCCCACCGCCGACAUGCGCGACAGCGACGACGACGCCGUCCACGUCGCUCGUGUCCUCAAGGUCGUCGGCGGCAAGGCGGGCGCCGACCCCAACAGCCUCCAGGUGCCCAAGGCCGACGAGGCGUGGGAGCGCUCCGACUCGUUCGACGACGACGACGGCGAGUGGGAGGCCGUCCCCUCCAAGAAGGUGUCCCGCCCGUCGACCCCGUCCGGCGCCGCCCUCUCGUCCGCGCCCGCCCGCUCCAUUCCGGGCCUCCCGACCUCGACCGCCGGUCAGCCCCUGACCAAGAAGCAGCGCGAGAACGCGGCCAAGAAGUCGAAGGAGCAGUCGGCGCGCGAGGCCAAGGAGGCCGAGCAGGAGGCUCGUCUCGCCCAGUACCGUCGCGAGCAGGACAAGGCCAAGCUCGCCGAGUCGCAGGCUGCGCGUGUUCGCGCUCGCCCGCGCUCGCAGAACUUCUUCGGCUCCGAGCCGCAGGCGCCGGCGGCCAAGGUCGUUGGCGGCGGCAUGUCGGCUGCUCUCGACCCGUCGAGCGGGUCGCUCAUCUGGGACUGAGCGUGUCUCGGCAUGUCGAGGUCCUGGUCGACGGCCGCUUCGGACGAGGGUCGGUAAACGAGGAGGAUGAGCGCGGGCGACGUGUGGCCGCCGCACCAUCGCAAGGUUCGAUAGCCUUGUUCCUGCAUGUGUUCUCUUGCAGUAGCGUCGUUUUGCAAGUCGUUCCCUGCACAGCUC